CGCAACAUCAAAACAGCUAUCAAUCCACGACACUAUUUCUCUAAUCCUAAACAACUCAUAAGAACACGCCAUCCGAAGUAAUCUCAUCACAUCCGCAGCCAUGUCCAUGCGCAUCGCCCCCGCCUCCGGCCACUCCUCCCUCCACUCCCACCUCGGUGCCAAAUCCGCCGGCGCCCCCUCCGCCCCAGGUCUCCACGACACCCUCCGCGUAGGCCUCGGCCCAACCACCCACGGCUCCUCCGAAACCCUCCAACUCGACUCCGCCCACCCUCUCGAAUCGCGUCUCGCACAAUGGACCGCAACGCAGGACAGCCUGAAGCUUGAGGGUCUGCGGAGGACAUUCGGCAUGGCGGAGCCGAUUCGUCGGGGCAUGGAGCUCAAGAUCACGAGAGAUGGAGAGUGGCGCCCGUUGGUGCUGGGAGGUGGACAGCCGAGUGUUCAUGAGGAUAUUUUGGCGGGCAGGGAUACGGGGUGUACCUGGGAGGAUGUUUUCCAGGGGACGGAGAUGAGGGGGGUGCAGGGCUUCCAUGAGGAGUUGGAGACGAAGGUUAGGAUGGGACAGCAGUAGAUGGGUGGUGAAGUGGAGGUUGUACGAAUAGCCUGGCGGAUAGAUGGAGCUACAUGGUAUUUGCAGGAAGCAUUGGCGAUGGUUUUCUAGGACGGGAUAGGAAUGCAAGGAGUCACAAAUACAUUUCUAGUCACAAGAAGGAAGAGCGGAUCACAAUCAGGGACGAAGACCUGAGAAAAUGACCCGCUUGUCUAUCAUAUGGAACACGAUCCAUUGAAUAAUUCAUUCGCUGUGCCUUUGUAACACCCCAUGGACCUCUCUGCCCUCCCAUACCUGUACAAUUUCAGAA